CUUCACAAUGGUUGAUGUCAGUGUCACUGAUGUCAAUCUCAAAUGGCCAGUGGCCACUCCAAUAAUUUUUAAGUUUUCAUUUUAUGUCAAGAGGAUAUAAAAGUGAAAUAAAUCUGAUUUGAGUUCAUAGCCUGAAAAAAUAAUAUUAGUUCAUAAACAAUAAAAUGUCAGCUCCGGUAGUGUUGUCUGCAACUGCGAAACAUACUGGAACGCUGAUAUUUUUACAUGGAUUAGGAGAUACUGGACAGGGGUGGGCUAGUGCUAUGGCCGCCCUUAGACCUCCUCAUGUGAAAGUAAUCUGUCCUACUGCUCCUACUAUGCCGGUUACUUUGAAUGCUGGAUUCCGAAUGCCAAGUUGGUUCGACUUGAGAUCUCUGGAUGAAUCCGGACCUGAAGAUGAGCAGGGUAUAAAAUCUGCUACAAAACAAAUUCAUGGAAUGGUGGAUAACGAGAUAUCAGCCGGCAUUUCUCCAGAUCGGAUUUUGCUAGGAGGUUUUUCACAAGGAGGAGCCCUUGCCCUUUAUUCGGCUCUGACUUAUCCACAAAAACUUGCUGGUGUUGUAGCUCUGUCUUGUUGGUUACCCUUGUACAAAACAUUCCCUGCAGUUAAGAAGACACAUGAUAGUCUACCAAUUUUGCAGUGCCACGGUGACUGUGAUCCUGUUGUUCCCUACAAAUGGGGACAGAUGACAGCUUCUAUUCUGAAAACAAUGUUGCAAGAUGUUGAAUUCAAGUCAUUUAGGGGACUAAUGCACACUUCGUCUGAUGAUGAACUCCUUGAUAUAAAACAAUUCAUCUCCAAAUAUCUUCCUAGUCAAUAAAUAGAUAAUUCUUAUAUUUUGCAUUGUUCUGCUUUAUAACAGUGAACACUCCUACUCAUCUUAUUGGUACACUACCCACAUGAAUAUCUUCAUAGGUUUAUAAAUUUCAAACAUGCCUACAAUCCCCCAAAAUAUGUUUAAUAUAUCAUCAAAUCCAGAGUG